UGGUGCCAGGCCGCUCUGCCCCGCUCUGGCUGUCCACGCCCCGCCCGCCGCCGCUGCAGAGGAGGAGCUGCUGCUGCUGUCGCCGUGGCCUCGGGCUCAGGAGUGUCCGUCCUCCACAUCCACCAUGUCCUACGUGUUUGUGAACGACUCUUCCCAGACUAACGUGCCCUUGCUCCAAGCCUGCAUCGACGGAGAGUUCACCUACUCCAAGCGCCUGUUGGAGAGUGGCUUCGACCCAAACAUCCGAGACAGCAGGGGCAGAACAGGCCUUCACCUCGCCGCGGCCCGAGGGAACGUGGACAUCUGCCAGCUGCUGCAUAAAUUUGGUGCUGAUCCACUGGCCACGGAUUAUCAGGGGAACACUGCCCUCCACCUGUGUGGCCACGUGGACACCAUCCAGUUCUUAGUUUCCAACGGACUCAAAAUUGAUAUUUGCAAUCAUCAGGGUGCUACCCCCUUGGUUCUGGCAAAGCGCCGGGGCGUGAACAAGGAUGUCAUCCGACUGCUGGAGUCUUUGGAAGAGCAGGAGGUGAAGGGGUUUAACAGAGGUGCACACUCCAAGCUAGAGACCAUGCAGACGGCGGAGAGCGAAAGUGCCAUGGAAAGCCAUUCUCUGCUCAACCCCAGCCUCCAGCAAGGUGAAGGAGUCCUGUCCAGCUUCCGGACCACGUGGCAGGAGUUCGUGGAGGACCUGGGCUUCUGGAGGGUCCUGCUCUUGCUCCUCGUCAUUGCUUUGCUAUCUCUGGGCAUUGCCUACUAUGUGAGUGGGGUGCUGCCCUUCGUGGACAACCAGCCCGAGCUGGUCCAUUGAGGCUCACGGGGGUAAGGCAAGGUCCUGUCAGUAUUGGUUUUUAGUUCUUAGACUAUUUCUUAGCACAAAACAGUGAGGGCUGUGUUUUGUUUUGGAUUUUUACUUACCAUGACCCUUUGAGAAGAAUGAAUUGCUCCUUUGAACUUUGUCCUGUGGUCGGUUGGACUGCAUCCUAACGCUGUGCACCAGAAUUGUGUGAUCAGAUGUGGUGGUGACCAGAGUGGACCUCACAAUACUGUGUACCAGAAUUGUGUAAUCAGAUGUGGUGGUGACCAGAGUGGAUGCUCACAGCAGAAGCCACAGUAGGGACCCGACCCUGAUGGAGGAGCAGUGGCCACCGGAAAGCAGAUUGUUUUCCCUGUGAUUCCAUUUUAUUAGUGGACUGGUUUUCUCUCUUGCUCAUUUUUUGCAAGAGCCCUGUCUUGUUUUUAUUUACUUUCCUGGGAAGAGGAGAAAGUGGAAACUUUCAACUUAAAUUUUGAUUUUUUUUUUCUCACAACCAAAAUGGCAAAUCAGAACUGUUAGAACUUUGAGUUUUAAAGAAUAUUUUCAGGCUAGUGAGACAGCAGACAGGUUUUGAGAAUUAGCAGUCUUUCCUUUAACAUGGAUUGAUUGAUGGGACAGUUUUGAUUCAUUCUAAACUGAUCGUUUGCAGUGUCUGUGAAAAUUAGCUCGUAGAGUUCACUCUGCUCACUCCCCAGCCUCCUCCAUUUUUGCUUUUGAGAUGUUCUGUUCAGAAACCAUCAGGAAACCCUUUGGAGUGAGCAGUCAUUAGAGAAGAAGAAUCCUCUCCUUCCCUGUCUCUGUCCUCAGCACCACUGCCUGUCAGCCCGUCGGCCGGCUGCGUCCUCGUGGUCAUCACAGGUCACCCUGGGUCCCAGCGAGCGCCAUCAGGCCACCCGGUGUCUGACGGUGGAGGUGGAGGGAUAUUUCUGAGUAAGCCGUGAACAAUGUCAUGCUGGUGUCCUGGUGUCCUGGUGUCAGUCUGCUAGUGUAGGGCGUGCUGUGGAUAGGAAUCUGGACCCCAGGCUACAUGCAGCUUCUAACCGUGUGUUUGAAGCCCCCUUUGUCUGUGGUUCUGUAAUAGAGAAAUCAUGUUUUUAUGUUAUUACGGAGUAUGGAAACAAUAAUUUUCACUGAGUGAAAUCUGAAACCCGCAGUGAAUAACUAAUGGUCUUGCUUUCUGUAGUUGACGUCUGGGUGGGGUGGCCCUUCUGCCAGCCUGUCGCUUGCUGAUGCUGUCUCCUCUGCUCUCAGAUGCCAGGCUCUGACCCUUUUUCUUUCAUGUGGCCUUAUCCUAGCUGAAGGAAGGGCUUCACAGCUCCUGACUGGCCGCUUCAGAGUCAGCUUGCAGAGUCUCGCUCUUGCUUCAUCAUGCUUAGUGGAAUGCAUGGAGGGAAAGCAGACUUCUGCCUGGGGAGCAGAAGCAGUUCAGUGUGUUCGGAACAAAAUGCUUUAGCAGUAGUUUUCUCUCUGUAAAUCCAAAUGUAUUUAAUAUGUAAAUAUGUUGCGUCUAAGAUCCCUGCUUCCUGCCCAGUUCUGGUUCCUUUGCAUUGUGUGCUCUGUGCUCUUGAUGCAGUAAUGCCAAUAAAUGCAUUUAUAAUCCUUA